GGUUAUUACAGCCUGCGACGGUGCUGCGGCAUAGAGAGAGCCUGAUAGGCGACCGCCUGAUCACCGCGCCUGAGGUGGUAGCCGUGGGCCUGGCUCACGGCGGGAGCAGCGCUGAGGGUCUUGCGGAGGCUAAGGCGUGAGAUCCAGCCCCGCGAGGCCUCCCGACAUGGAGGUCGAGAUGGGCCAGCCGGCACAGCCCCAACAGGAGGAGGCCUUCGAUCUUGAGGCCUAUGCCGCCAACUACUCUGGCCACGCACGCAUCUCCCGCCUGCUCUUUGCCGCCGACCAGAGCGCGGGCAAGCCGCUGGAGCUGGAGGCGUUGAAGCUGGCGGCAGACGCGCUGAAGCGGACUGACGAUACCCAGCGGUACGCCGAGGUGAUAGAGCGCAUCGGUGGGAGGGCCGGCCCGCAGUACGCGCUGGACAGCGAGUGGAUAGAGCGAACGGAGCGGGCCUCGGAGCAGAAGCAAGACAGGCUGGAGUCGGAGCUGGGCGUUUACAAGAGCAACCUGAUUAAGGAGAGCAUCCGCAUGGGGCACAACCAGCUGGGGGACUUCUUCUACUCCCGUGGCGACCUGCAGAGCGCCUUCAAGCACUACAUGCGCACCCGGGACUACUGCACCACGGGGCGCCACAUCAUCCACAUGUGCCUGCAGGUGGUCAGGUGCAGCAUCGAGCUGGGCAACUACAUCCACCUGUCCAACUAUGUGCAGAAGGCGGAGACGACGCCCGAGGCGCAGACCGACCCGAUUGUGAUGUCCAAGCUGGCGGCGGCCUCCGGGCUGUACUGCCUGGAACAGGGGCGGUACAAGGCGGCCGCCCUCAAGUUCACAGAGGCAACGCUGGCGGCGGCGGCGGGGCUGCAGCAGCAGGCAGCAAGCAACGCAGCGGCGGACGUCGCGGUCUACGGCGCGCUGUGCGGCAUGGCAGCGCUGACCCGCGCUGAGCUGUCGGCCCGCCUCGUGCGCAACGUGGCGUUCCGGGAGCUGCUGGAGGCGGUGCCGGAGGUGCGGGAGGCCCUGUCUGACUUCUACGCCUCCAACUACACCUCCUGCCUCAACCACCUGGACAGGAUGAGGCCCCAGCUGGCGCUGGACCCGCACCUGCACGACCACGUGGCCCCGCUGUACCAGGCGGUACGCAACAAGGCGCUCACGCAGUAUGCCGCCCCCUUUGCUGCCCUGGACCUAAAUGGCAUGGCCGCUUUCUUCAACACCAGCGUGGGCGGUCUAGAGAAGGAGCUGGCGGCGCUCAUUGGCAGCCAGCAGAUCAAGGCGCGCAUCGACAGCCACGCCAAGGUGAGGCGGGGGGCCGGGACAGGCAGGGCUGCAGGGCAGCUGGCCGCAGGAGCGCGCUGGCCAGCUUCGCCCUGUCCUGCAGUCGUGGGCUGCCGCCGCCGAGCAACACUGCCGCCCCUCGUCCUGCUGCCCUCAUCCCCUGGCACGGCGUACACGUGCUGUUGCGCUCCCUGGCUUGACGCGGCGCUCAGCUAG